UUAACCUAACCAUAAAAUUUCAACCUAACCUCACUAAUAUUAAAAAUAACAUCAAAUAAAAUAACGCUACAAUUCUAUUGAAAUUACCAAAAAAACAUGAAUAAUCGCGUACUUGGUCAAAUCAGAAACAUCCCCAAGCUGACAGUAGACAAAUGUAAAUUUCACCGAUCCUCAUACUUGAGCCAAAUCCAAAAAAUGACCAGAUUGAGAGUGGUGGACAACAGUGAAAUUGGAAAAAGGGCGAUGGCAGAGGGUAAACCCCCAAAAUGCAUACAUGUAUAUAAUAAAACCGGAAUAGGCAAAAUUGGUGAUGUGGUCCUUGUUGCUAUCAAGGGAGAAAAGAAAAAGGGAAUAUUAGUAGGUCUCAAACAGAAUCAAAACCCGAAAGUACCAAAAUUUGACAGCAACAAUUUGGUAUUGAUCGAUGACAAUGGCAGUCCGUUAGGAACAAGAAUUCAUGUACCUAUACCCACGAUAUUGAGAACGAUUCUUAAAGAAAAAACGCAUGCGAAAGGAGCUGAAUACACAAAGUUAUUAGGAAUAGCCUCCAAGUUCAUAUAGUAAAAUUGUUAAUAGUUUGGAAAUAAAACGAUUUAAAAUUCAAAA